ACUAAUUACAUUUUAUUUAUUUAUUGCUACUUUGCUUCAUGCAGAAAAAUGCCCCAUGGUUAUCAGUGCCCCAAUUUGGGGACUGGGAUCAGAAGGGCCAAGUCCCAGACUACUCUCUUGAUUUCUCAAAAAUAAGGGAAAUGAGGAAGCAAAACAAGAGAGAUGUGUCCAGAGCCAGUCUUGGAAAUGAAGAAGAACUCAUUGCCACAAACACAGCUAAUGUGGAACCUCCCCACAAUGACCACCACCCCCAUUACCAUCAGAGGCACCACUCUCCCACUACUCGAAGGAGCAUCUUCAGCUACUUCAACUGUUGUGUGAGAGCCUGAUGAGCAAGUAGACUGUAUGUUGAGGGGAUUAACUUACCUCCUUGGCCUUGUUAUGUGUUUCAUGUUUUCUACUUUGAGAAUGGGUGUUAUUUUUCCUAACCCCACCCCCUCAUUUGUUCUGUGUUGUUGGAUUUGGUGAUUAGUGGUGUUUCUGAUUUUUCUUUGCUCAUGUUUCUGCUCUCUGCAUCAUGUAAUGCUGCCUUGGCCUCUUUAACAAAACCUUGCAUGUAUGUAUGAUGCAAGAUGCCUUGGUGCUUCUCCCUCUGUAGUCUCUAUACGUUGUAUAAAAUGUCACCCUGAAAAAUUUAUUUCAUAUUAGUAGAAAUAGAAGUUGUUAAAGAGUUUCAAAGUUAGCUUAAGGAUUGGUUUAAUCUGAACAGAGAUAAAUGAUGUCAAGAAACUAUGAUGACCAUCAUUGGGUUAAUUUGGAGAGGUAAUGUUCAUUUACCAUCAUGAGUGAACCAUGCCCAAUAUGAAAGUAUUUCGACCAAGGGAAAAAACCAUCAUAUAAGUUUCCACUUCGCAGUCAAUCCGACUUAUGUAUCUAUGAAUUUUGGAGAGAAGGAAAUGGGAAAAGAGAAGAGAGACAUGAAGCAUAGGCUACUUUUUCUUGCAAAUUUCAUCCUUUUAAGAAGUGGAUAAUGCUUCUUUCUAAGACCAUCGCCAAUUGUAAGGUCAUCUCAAACGUAAAAGAUGCUAAGGGGCUGCACCAGACUGUCAAUUACAAUUAUAAUGCGCAGAAGAAGAUGAGGUCGUUUGAGUUAGAAAAGACCAAAUAGCAAAUUACAUGGAACAGAGAAAAGCCCCAAAUUAAACGCAUCAAGAGACGAAGAAGAUCGAGCAAUAGAUACGAAGAAGAAAGCAAGAUAGGGAUACGUAAUCAAGAAAAGGUCGCACAAAGAAGAAAGAAGACACGAUAAAGCUGGAAGACAAAGUGUAUAUCCCUUU